AUGCACAAACCAUUUCAUUUUGUACUCUUCAUAGUCUUGACUUUGGGAGCUGAAUGGCAAACAGGUUUAGACAACGUGAUCAAAAACCAACCUCAAUUAACACUCACCAGCAAUUAUCCAAUCCACACUCAAAUUGAAAUCCUAUUUGACAAGCAAUUCUCAGAAGUACCUGAAGUAUUGCUCAUGUUUGAACAAGUAACCUUCGAAUCAACCUUGGAUGUUGACAUUAAUCUCUCCUUGGGUCAAGUGACCAAAUCUGGUUUUGAAUUAAGGUAUCGCUUAGGAGGACCUGCAAGAGUCCAAUAACUUAAAGUCAGAUGGGUGGCAUUCGUCGAUAAAAAUGUAUAACUCACCUAUCGUGAAUUCAAUUUCAUGCAAUUAAGGGAACUUCGUCAAGGUUCUGGCAUUAGGGAAGACACCUUCACCCAACCUGUCAAUGCUAACAUCCAAUCACCCAAAGUUAGUGCUUUUCUUGUGGGGUUCAAAAUUAAUCCAGAAAACGGACCAUAUGCUCUUUAAAUCAAUUGUACUCUGGAUUCCCAAAUGCAAAACGUUGAAUUGAAUCUGAAAACUAAAGAUACUACCCAUGUAAGAUAUGUCAAAGUGGCUUUGAUUCUCGUGGGAGAAGGUUCAAAAGCAAUAACAAAAUAAGGCGGUGUCGAUUCUAGAGGUUUCAAUUACUUUGAAGAACAAAGCACUAGUGGAAUUAGAAGAAUAAAUUACAAACAAGUUGUUCCAGAAACCUUCCUAACGGCUCCUUCAGACAACAUUCUGAGUCAAGGACUUAGAGGCUUUGAGGCAAAUAGUACAGAAAGUGAACUUAUUUCAAUGAGCUUGGAUAAGUAUCAUGUAUUCGAUGAGAAUUAUGAGAUGAACUUUGGUCCAUGUAUGGAGUACUUUUCUAUUAAGAGUGAAUGGCACUCUGAUCUACAGUCUAGAUUUCUCCAUCCUGUUGCACGAACCAACCAAAAUAGAGAAAAUGACAAUGAGUCAUCUGCGUAGAAAAUGAAUACUGGGCAAAUUGAAAUUGCCUUCUUUUUUUUUCCUUUUUUAUUUUCUUUGUCUUGCACAUAUUUUCUAUAUGCAAAUAUUAUUUACUUUUUUCUUUAAACAAUCAUUUUAUUGUUAUUGGCUAAGUUUUAUUUUAAUUAAAUUUAAAUCGUUCCUUUUUUUUUCUAUGAUAGUACUUUUUUGAAUAAAUUCUAAAUUGAGUGGGAAAAUGAGAUUGAGAAAUAUUUAUUUGUUUCUCAAGAUUAAAUUGGGAAUAAAGACUAAAGUAAUUAAUAUUAAUAUUUAAUAUUUAAUAAUUUAUAUCAGUAGAACAGAAUGCAUACUUUUCGAAAAUUCGCAAGAGGCUAUAUGCAAACCAUGCUCUAUGGGAUUGAAGAGAGACCAAAAUUUAAAAUGGAUGGUACAUUUUAUUUUAUUUUGCAUUUAAUCAAUCAUUUUCAAUAUUUAUCAAUAAUCGUGAAUGCAAAUUAGAACAAGCCUUUUACCGAUUUUAAAUUGGCUUAUUCACAAAACUUUUUGGAGUUUUUCAUCCUAAAUAAUACCUUAAAAUCAUCUAUGACAUCAAAUUUGGCAUUAGUUAUAAUAGCAAUCUCAUUUGCCUCCCAAUUGAUACUCAUCCUAUUUUUGACGUUCUCCACAUUCAUUAGAAUAUGGACAGCCAAUCUUAUAAGAAGAGACAUCACAGGAAAUGAUAACAUGAAUUCCCAAAUAUAGCAAUGGGUGAUGAGUUUCAAUGAAACCCUCCAUUGGUUUUUUGUUCUGUAUCCUGUAAUUUAUCUCCAAAUUGCAGUUAUUUCUUUUAGUUCCCUCACGUGCAAUUCUGUAAGCAUUUUUCCCAAAUCUGAUUGCGAAAUAGGAGUAGGAACACAAAUACUAGCCAUAACUCCAUUAAUUAUUUCAUACAUAAAUGGACAAAUAUUGAUUUAUAUAAUGAGGAAUCACAGAUUUCAUGAGCCCAACUCUUUGAAAAGAAGAUACUCCCCUCUAUUAUUGUUAAAUAACACAAUUAUACUAGUCGAGAUUUUUUCCCAUUACAUUUUUGAUUUCCAAGCUGCCGAUAUUUUGAAAUAUUCAAUGGCUAUUUUUUUUGCUUUGAAUUAAAUUGUAGAUCAAUUAACUAAUUUCCCUUAUCGAGAUCCGAUACGCGUUCCUUCUAUUAGAUUGGCAUUCGUAUAUGCUUGGAUAGUCAUCGCUGUUACUGCCUUUAAAUUUGGGUUUUUUCAAGAAGAGAACCUAUUUUUCCUGAUCAUCUUGCCUUUGCCAGGAUUAGCUAUUGUAGGAGAAACCUUAUCAUCUUUUGUUUUAAAAUCAUGCCAUACUAAAUUAUAACUCUAGCAUUCAGAUAGAAGAAAAACAUAUCAUUAUUGCGGUGGACUAAUUUUAUAAAUAUCAUAUUGA